CAACAACGCACCACUACACGUAUAUACAUUUUCACCGAUUUCUUGCGCAAGUGUUAUAUUUCUAGCUUCAGAACUUGCAGCCAUGGCUUCUUUCAUGGCGCAUGUUUCCUGCAGUAUUAGUAUUGGACCUUGUAACUACUUUUAUCAUAACAUCAACUAUAAGUACUUCAGUUUUAGUACUCAAAUUAUCAAUCAUAAGCAGACUUUGUUCGCUUGCAUUAGUAAUAACAGAAUACACAGUAUUGUUCACUCUAAGAAGCAGCAGGCUUCCUCCAUUACUUGUUCUGCCUCUAACAGACCCUCUUCUCCUACUGAUGUUAGUUCUACAGCCAAGAUAAGAAGUGAAGUUCUCUCUCCAUUUCGGUCUGUGCGGAUGUUUUUCUAUCUAGCCUUUAUUGCUAGUGGUGCUCUGGGUGGACUAAUAGCAACCACACAACUUAUAGCUGCACUCACAAAUCCAUCCAGAGCUGCUGAAGUCCCAGAAACAUUGAAAAGUCUUGGAAUAGACAUUGGAGCAGUAUCUAUAUUUGCAUUCCUAUAUUACAGGGAGAACAAUGCAAAGCAAGCACAAAUUGCCAGGCUUUCAAGAGAGGAAAGCCUUUCAAAUCUUAAGCUCCGUGUGAAUGAAAAAAGGAUCAUUUCUGUUAGCUCUUUGAGAGGUAUUGCUCGCCUUGUAAUCUGUGCUGGCCCUCAAUCCUAUAUAUUGGAGUCUUUUAGACUUAGUGAGCCUUUCACUCAGAGUCUCUUGGAUAGAGGUGUUCUGGUGGUUCCAUUUCCUACAGAUGGGAAUUUACCAAGUUUUGAGUUUGAUGAGAGCGAGGAGAUGGAGGAGGUUACCACCAGAAGGAAACGACUCUGGCAGCUGAAUCCUAUCUAUGUUUCUGAGUGGUCCGAGUGGCUAAAUGAGCAAAAGAAUUUGGCUGGUGUCUCCCUUGAAUCUCCUGUGUAUUUAUCUCUGCGCCUGGAUGGUCGUGUCCGUGGCAGUGGUGUUGGUUACCCUCCUUGGAAUGCUUUUGUUGCACAAUUGCCACCAGUAAAGGGAAUGUGGUCAGGUCUCCUUGAUGGCUUUGACGGAAGAGUUUAGGGAGUUCUAUUUUGUUUCCUGUUUUUGGAGGUUAGUUACUUCUUUUAGGUUACAGAGUUAGGUUGUUCUUAAAUGUCAUAGUGUUCUCCAGCUUUAUACUGAUUAAGGUUGCUUGAGUCCCUUUCUUGUGGUUUUGGGCAUCCGCCAUUAGUUGUCUAUGUAAAUCCUCUUUCUUUUCUGUAAUUUCCCUUGUGCCAUUGCCAAUUAUCAUUUUUAGCAGAACCUGGUGUUUUCAUGUUUGUGACAACAUUCAGUCCUUAAAAUGUUGCCUGGAAACAAAAUAUUAAUAUGUUUGCAAUUGGGUUCAGUUAUAUUAUACCAUUUAAAGAUUU